AUGGCAACCGCGCUUCUAGGAUCCUUCUCACAAAAGGCCAUCCCAAACUUCUGUCCCAGAGGUGUUACAUCUGAGCCAGCCAAUGCGCUCUCCAAGUUCCUGGACAGCAAAAAUAUCGAGAUGUUUCUCGAAGAGGAGGGCGAAGACUCAUUCAUGGGAUGCAUGAUCGAGCCUUCCGGUUAUUCCCUGCACGCUUCUGGCAGGAAGUACCAGGCAGGCAAGUACGAGUACCGUGAUCUUCACGCGGAUACCAUUGCGGAUAUGCAAACCGCAGCGACGAAUCGGAUGUCGAUCCUCAGCAUCCUUGAUAACGAUCUCUCGAGAUCAAAGACAUGCAACUCGUUCAACUUGAAGGCGAAGAAAUUCGCCAUGUCCGAGCAAAAGUUCAUGGAGGGGGUGGCAGUGGUGGUGGUAGACGGCGACAGUGUCAUGCUAGAGGAGGAGCCUGGAGAUGGUUUUCUGCGACUUCCCUCCAUGCGCUUCGAACAGUUCUGUGACGAGAGCGACGCCGGAAAGCUUGAGCAGGGAGCGGGACAGCUGCUGCCUUCCAAGGGGUUGACUGGCGGACAAGUGCAUGUUGACAUGCAAACGGGUGUGUUCGUGGACACGGAGAUGGUAGAUGGAGUGAUGAAGCAUCUGCACAAGCGCACUUUCUCGCGCGUGUUUGUGGUUCGUGGCAGCGCAGGCGAUGUCAAGGUAGGGAAGCACAUGCGGGAGCUUUUAGUGAUGUUUCAUGUCAGUGAUGCAUUGCUCGGCCUUGUUCUCUGA